AUGGCAGACACUAUUGCAGAAUACAGAUCCACUAUGGAAACUUUGCAAGAAUUCACCAAAGGCUUCUCAUUUGUGGACCAGAUACAUCUUGUGGUAGCUUAUUACCGCGUCAAAAUUCGAAGACCUGGAAUACUUCCAUCGUGGGACUUGGUCAAUGAAGAACUAAGAAAGUUGGAGGGUGAAGAACCGUACGGUGAAGAAACUGACAGCGAAGAAGUGGACCAUGAGAAAGUGCACUAUGAAGAAGUGAGAAAGUUAUAUGGAACCAUACUUGGUAUGGAAAUAGGAGAACGUAAUGAUAUGGAGCAGAAUGAUAACUACCUUCAUGCAGAGACACAGAUGGCGGCGUUGGUCGUAAAGGUGGUUAGGAAGCUUGACAAACACUUAAUGAUGAUGUUAGAAAUUUAUUAGGAGCUGAAUGAAUGCGAGAAUAACAUCGAUGGAUCUACCAGUACGUCAUAAAUUUAUUAGAUCGAUUUAGAGAAUUCAGGAGCUUGUUCAAAGCGCAUCAGAUAUGUCAGUCCAUGGUAAUGUAAGUCUGUGAAGUGUCUCAUUUACCCUGGAUUCAUGUUGAGAUUAAAGAUUCUCUGAUGGUAAGCAUCUUAGAAGAAGAGACUUUACUUAAGUAACUGGUUGGUGAAACAGCAUCCCAGCACUAACAUUGAACUACCAACACACUAACACCAACACCAACCCCAAGAAGUGACUCCACUCAUAAAACUCUACAACCCUUUGUCACAAAACUUCAAGACCAAAAAGAAACUACCAACUGAUUUUCAAAUCUACUCAUGACCUAAAAUUAUCAUCCUAAAGGUGACACAAAGUGUCAAAGUCAAGAGACCCAGUCAGCCAGCUGAAAGCACCAAAUAA